AUGAGCCAACCAGCUUGCCCUGAUCAACAAGACCAAGACCAAAUCGACCGUUCCGAGCCGUCGGAACCGCCGCUAGGUGGCCUGAAAGACGCUACCGCCGACCACGCGCUGGACGGGUCGGUUACACUGUCUGUUUCGUCGAUUUCGCCGAAAAAGUCGACUCCUUCAUUCCACUAUGACUCAGACAUCUUUGCCAAGUGCCUUCAGUUUCUCGAGGAGAAAAACCAUCACGGUUUGGCUCUUUUAGCAAGACAAAAGGGCAUUCCACCGUUCCUUCGAUUUAAAGUGUGGCCCGUGUUGCUUAAACACCACCCGUUUGUUCUCAAUCCGUUUAUUCAGCCCGAUAACAAUUUGUCAGACCAAGAUAGCCUGACGGAGACUUCCGAUCACGAUUCCGCCGACUCUGAGCUUAAGAGAAGAAUACGAAAAGAUCUAAGAAAGUAUAUGCAUCGCGUGGCCAGCACCUCCGAUGAGCCGCUUUCGGAAACCGAACUGAAGUUGUUUGACACGUUGGAGAAAUCCGUGUACAAAUUUGUGGCUAAAUGGGGCAGAAUUAUCAAAUACGACUCCUCCCUCUCUUGGAUCGCGUUGGGUCUCGCGGAAUGGUUUCCUCCGAUCCCUCAUUCGCCAUGGGUGCUUUUGGGGCGCGAUGUGACGUCGUCGAAUAAUACCCAUAUGGGAUCGGUUUUUGAUGACUACGAGGAGUUUAUUCAGUCUCAACCAGGCCUAGAUACUUACCUAGACAAGUUAGUGGAGGACGAGACGAUCAGCAACAUGAACUUUCAUGAGGUGUAUGAGCGUCUCGUGUUAAUUCUUUUGCAUUCUCCAGAGCUGGCCAACAAAAGGGACAUAGCCUCCAAGCUGGUGAAAAUCGAUAAGCUGACACUCCCUAUCAACGGUGGAACAAUUGAAGAACGUGUUUCAUUUUUCAUUUACGUGUUUCAAAUUCUUCUUCCGGAACUUUCUGACUAUUUUCUGGAGGAACAGAUUUUGAACAAGUUCGGAUCCCAUUACGAUGAAUGGCUCAUUUGGUGGCUAAAGUUCUGCGGUGCUAAAGUGUGGUCUCGUGUCGAUAGAGGCCGUGUGUGGGACCUUCUCGUCGGGUGGAGACUUCAAAGCAAAAAAUCCGAAAACAACAAGCAUUACUACAGCGAUAAGCUUCGUAUAUCUGAUCAACUUCUUGAGAAGUUGGGUCCCGAUGUGUUUUGGACCGUCAACUACGAUGAGGACCAAUCCCCGUCACCCCCACUCGCUAAGAAGGACUCUUUUAAAGAUCUCAUAAAUGAGUUGCACAUUGAGCCCCAAGGAAACUCAGAUCGAGGCUUAGGCUCUAAUUCAAACGGUGAGUCGCCCUCACGGAAAAAGCAUCUAUCAAACUCCUCAAACUCCUCUUCGCCAGCAUCGACGCUGCCGUCUCUUCUGCCACCACUGGAAUGCUCGCUGACAUCGAGCUGCGAUCAAAACAGCGCAGUCAUACCGUUUUCAAAAAUUGAUAUGCACAUUGAGCUACUCUUUGUGUGCCUAGCUCUUCUACAGGCCAAAGGAAACACAUUGGUGGAACUUGACCAGCACGAAAUCCGGACAUUCUUGUCAAGACUUCCCGCAAAGUCAUUCAAAGCCAGCGACAAGUACAAGCAAUAUCAGGAGCAGAAAGAAAAGGAGAGGGGCGCUACAUCCCCCGAUCACGGGUUUCGGUACGACUACAUGGACAGCAUUAUAUAUGAGGCAGGCGAGUUGUGGAGAAAAUGGCUCUGGAGAGAGCAGACAUCAUAG